AUGGGAAGAGCACCGUGUUGUGAGAAGAUCGGAAUAAAGAGGGGACGGUGGACGGCGGAGGAAGAUCAGAUUCUCUCCAACUACAUUCAAUCCAACGGUGAAGGUUCUUGGAGAUCUCUCCCCAAAAAUGCCGGAUUGAAAAGGUGUGGAAAAAGUUGUAGAUUGAGAUGGAUAAAUUAUCUUAGAUCGGACCUCAAGCGUGGGAACAUAACUCCAGAAGAAGAAGAACUCGUUGUUAAAUUGCAUGCCACUAUGGGAAAUAGGUGGUCACUAAUCGCGAGUCAUCUACCAGGGAGAACAGACAACGAAAUAAAAAAUUAUUGGAACUCUCAUCUAAGCCGUAAACUCCACAACUUCAUCAGAAAGCCGUCGAUCUCUCACGACGUUACCGCCGUAAUCAUGAACGCUCCUCCUCCUUCGCCGCGGCCAACGACAAAACGUAGACCAGGGAGAACCAGCAGAUCCGCUAUGAAACCCAAAACCCUAAACCCAAAAAUUCGAAAAACAAAGAAAACGUCUGCACCGCCGGAGCCAAACGUCGACGUAGCGGUUAAAGCGGUGGCGGAAGAAGAAACAUUAAUGAUGGAGUUAAGUGGUGGAGCCGAGGCUGAGCUAAGGCCAUGUGACUACUACUACGGAGAUUGUUACGAUAAUAAUAAUAAUCUCGUGAGUAUUAAUGGCGAUAAUGGAGUUUUAUCCUUUGAUGAUGACAUCAUUGAUCUUUUGUUGGACGAGUCAGAACCAGGCCACGUGUUCACAUCGUGUGGUGGUGAAGUCGAUAUAAGAGACUCUGAAGGAACAAGAGGGACGUCGAACCAAGAGAAUUUAGACUGUCUUCAAUCAUAUCCGUCGGUGGAAUCGUUUCUUAACUUGGACAAUCAAGUCAACGAUGGAGAUGAGUUUAUUGAUUGGGAUUGUGUAUGUGAACAAGGUAAUGAUGGUAACCUUUGGAACGAGAAAGAGGGUCAUGACUCAAUGGUGUCGUGGCUUUUGGACGGUGAUGAUGAGACCACGAUAGGGAAAAGUAAUUGCGACAAGUUUGGAGAAUCGUUAGAUCUCGACGAAGAUAAUGCAUUGGUCGCUUGGCUUUUGUCUUGA